UAGACUUAAAUAGCACAGUGUCAUGAUACAUUGUAGCACUUUCAGUUAUGUUUCGGUGGUUAAAGGGACACAACUCAAGUAAAAAUCACAAUAUUUACUGGUGGUUACGUACGAUAUCAGUAUCUGUUGUUUUGGUCUAACGCCAGGAUCCGGGACUUUGUACUGUCUGUCGAUCAUAUCAUGUGAUAUACCCGUAACAAGGAAGUGUACAGUUAAAGUCGUACCGACACAGUAACAAAAUCGUGGCAGUUCACAGUUUGUAGGCUAAGUAUUCCUUCAACUCAUCAAAGUACCAACACCAUGGCAAGUAACAGAUCCGUGCGGCGUGCCCAGGAACCCGUUACCUACACGUGUGCUUUGUGUGACAGUGAAGACGAGGUACGAUGGUAUUGUAACGACUGUCAGGAGAACUUGUGUGACCGGUGUAAGGAAUUCCAUUCACGCGGAAAGAAAACUAAAAACGAUGACGUAGUAUCGAUAGGGGACGCUAACCGUCAGGGCGACAAGCCUGUACCAGAGGUAUGUAAACUACAUCCCGGUAAACAGCUUGAUCUCUUCUGUUCGGACUGCAACGAGUUUCUUUGUGGGAUAUGUUUAUCUAAAAUUCAUAAACACCACAACUGGAAACCUUUUGAAGACGAAUUUUCUUCUAAAUUGCAACAUUUGAAAGAGCAUAUGGCAGCAAUUUCUACCAAAAUAAAACAUUUCAAGAACGAGACAUCAAAGCGACAUCAUGAUAACGAAGGGUUCAAUGACAACAUUGAUACAGUGAGGAAAGAAGUGAACUCUAAAAGGACAAAGUUAAAGGCAGAGGUAGAUUAUAUCGCUGAUGGAAUACUCGCUGAACUGUCGGCUUUAGAAAAAGAAGAAUCAACAAUGAACAAGAAAGAUUGUCAGCGAUCAGAGAAAAAAGUCGAAGAACUGACGCGUCUGCUUAACGAAGCGGAAAUGACAGAUACAUCAAGUGUAUCUUUGUUUGAAACAGAAAGGUCAUUGAGGAAAAAGCUGCCACUGUAUGACGUUAAUGUGAGAUAUGUUUCACCAAAACAACCAAGGUUUGUUACCGAAAGUAUCGACCGUGUCAUGUUGACGAAAACGUUUGGUAAAGUACACCACGAGAACCAGUACGAGAAGAUAGACAUCGACAGUAAACACGUUCAACGUCUCUCUAAGUUUAGUGUUCCUCAAAGGCAUCAGCCAUUCAGUAUAUGUCCAGUCGACGACAGCCAUGCGUGGUUAUCAAUGCAUCAAUACCAGCGUCUGGUACUGGUCAACAAGAAGGGUGUGGUCAAAGAGUCAAUAAAACUGGACUUCUGUCCUUUCCUAAUCACCAUGGUCGGGACAACAGACAUACUUAUGACCAGUGAUCCACGUAGAACAUUUGUAUAUAAACUAUCACUACACAACAAACAAGUGACAACAUUUGCUGACAUCAGACCACAUCAGUCACAUGACGUCGGUAUCAACGAGUGGGGCGAGGUGUUUGUUAGUACAGAUACACCAGAAAUAGUGGUACUGAAUCAGUCAGGUACGAUUAUAAGGAAGGUCGCGAUUGGAUCGGAAAAAAUACUGGACAUUGUCUGCUUGUCAUCGGGACGUCUGUGUGUAGUUCACACAAUUAGAGGAAGCUUGGCUGAUAGGCACAUGAAGAUAACAGACGAGUCAGGUACCGUCAUACAGACAUGGACUGGUGAUCUCGACAACAGCCAAAAGGGCGAUAGAAUGAACCUCUAUAAUAUGUCAUGUGAUAAGUACGAUAGAGUCUUUGUACCAGAUAACCACAACAACCAGGUGUACGUCCUACCGAGAGACGGUAAACAAGCCAUGUGUCUCCUGAACCAGACACACGGAGUUGUGAGACCUUCAGCAUUGGGUGUGGACACGUGUGGAAACGUAUGGAUCGGGUGUGAGGACGGCACCGUACACGUGAUGGGGCUGUAGCACGAAGUAAAAAUGAUACAGUUCAAUGAUACACUGUGUUAAUAUAACUCCACGGUAGUUCACCGAUGUAUGAAGUAUCAAAUAUUGAACCAGAUUGAACAAUCAUUUGAACAGUGGAUUUAUUUUUGUCAUGUCAGUGAUCAUCUUACAAACAUAAGAAACUCGAUCGUUUCAUCCGACAGACAAUACAUGGUCAUUGGACUGAUCAACGAGUAAGUACGUUAGCUAGAAUGUGGCCUUUGUUUUGUGUGUUUUUAAUUAAUUUAUUUUUUUACAUUUUGAAAUUUUUCAUUUUAUCUUUAAAAUGUUUCUUAAUGGUUAGUUUCUCGAACAAUUGUUUCCUAGCGACCUAAACCUCCAAAUACGUGUUAUCAAAUGGUUUUAGAUUUGACUAUUUUUAAGCAAAAGAAGAAAAUGCUAUAUCCGGUUAUCUACCCUUAUAUUUUGUGCAUACCCUUUUGUAUUGAUUUUCAAGGAAGAAAUGUUGAAGUAAAAACCACUCUUCUAAAUAUAUUUUUUAAAUGAAAUACUGUGUCUAAUAACCCUUUUUUUGUAGAUAAACGAAAGUGAAUAUUAAACAAUUGUCCAUUAAUGUGUGUUUCACAGAUGUUUACAAAACGUGAUUAACCUGUAAAUGUAAGGUAAUACAGGUUUAGUUCAGUUGUUUUAUACCUUGUAAUAUUGAAAUAUAACAAGAACGACUAAUACAUAUUGAUUUGUAUUUCCAUUUUUAAACCUUUAAGUAGACAUAUAGAUAUUAUGCUAAAUAAAA